AUAUCUUUAAUAUUUUCUUUUUUUAAAAGAUAUUAAUAUAUUAUAAAUAUUAAAUGUUGCACCAUCAUAAAUUCAAAAUUAUAUUCAUAUAUAAAACAUAUCAUUGAUUUAUAUAAUAUCAUGGGGAUCGACAAUACAUCAAAAUUAGAGGUUAAGAGUUUAAAAUUGCAAAAGCGAACGAAGAAAAUAAAUAAAUCAGAAGAAAUUACAACUGAAACAAAUAAUAUUGAUAUCUCAGAAUAUGAUAUUAAUCAAAAGAAAGAAAUGAAUAACCAAGCAGUAAAACAUAAAAAACAAAAGGGAAAAAGAAAAAGAUCAAAUACCAUUAAUAAUAUUAAUAAUGAAAUAAUUAAAGAAACAAAAGUAAUUGAAACAGAAAAGGAUAAUUCUAUUAAAAUGAAAGAAAAUCAAGAUGAAGAAGAAAUAAAUAAUAAGAUAAUACCACCAAAAAAGAAAGCAAAUAUACAUGUAAUAAAUGAUGUAAAUAACAUAGAAGAACUUCAUAAAUGUAAUGUAAAAACUCCAAAACAACCUUCUAAGAGACAGAUUAAAAGAGAAAAAGCCGAGAAAAAAGAGAAUGAAAAAAGAAUGGCCAGUAAAACAGAAGCAAUGAAAAAAGGACUUAAUUAUGUUUCAAAAUGGAAAUAUGCAAGAACCGAAUGGAAAUUUGAAAAGUUAAGACAAAUUUGGUUAAUUGAGAAUUUGUUAGAUGAAAUUUCUAUACCAAAUGACAUUUUCCCAACAGUUUUAGAAUAUUUUGAAGGAUGUAAAGGUAUGGCUAGAGAACAACUUUUAAAAAAAGGUAUGGAUGUUAUAAGAAAAGUAGAAGAAAAUGAAGAAAAUAAAAAUAAGGUGGAAUCUGUUGUUUAUCAGAGAGCAAGAAAACUUCUACAAGCUUUACCUACUGAAUAAUUAGUCUAAAGUUGUAUUUAAAAAUUAUCA